GAGGGGAGCCCAGCAUCCCCCACCCCCUUGGGCAGAAACAGCUAUUGCAGCCCCCACUUCAGGUGGAGGAGGAGGCUGAUUUACAAGGCAGAUCGGCUGGGCUCCCGCCUGAAGCUCUGAGUCCUGCAGCCAGCUACUGCCACCCUGUAGGCUAUAAGAGCACCCGACUGACUUCCGGACCAGUACUGGGCGGGAGCCACGUGAGCUUCCCCUGGCUUCCCCUCCUGUUCACCCUCCUUCCUUCUCUCCUCCUGUCCACUGGAGAGGUUUGCCUAUCCUCUCCAAAGAGAGACACUUGACAUCAUGUCUGUGCUCAACCCUGUCCUGCUGCCCCCUAACGUGAAGGCGUAUCUGAGCCAAGGGGAGCGCUUCAUCAAGUGGGACGAUGAAACCUCAAUAGCCUCUCCUGUUAUCCUCCGUGUGGAUCCCAAGGGCUAUUACUUAUACUGGACACACCAAAGUAAGGAGAUGGAGCUUCUGGAUGUCACGAGCAUCCGAGACACUCGCUUUGGGAAAUUUGCUAAGAUACCUAAGAGCCAGAAACUCCGGGAGGUCUUCAAUAUGGACUUUCCAGACAACCACUUCCUGCUGAAAACACUCACAGUGGUGUCUGGGCCUGACAUGGUGGACCUCACCUUCCACAACUUCGUCUCCUACAAGGAGAACGUAGGCAAGGAUUGGGCUGAAGAUGUACUGGCUCUGGCCAAACACCCAAUGACAGCCAAUGCUCCCCGAAGCACAUUCCUAGACAAGAUCCUGGUGAAGCUGAAAAUGCAGCUCAACCCUGAAGGGAAGAUUCCUGUGAAGAAUUUUUUCCAGAUAUUUCCUGCAGAUCGCAAGCGCGUAGAAGCUGCCCUCAGUGCCUGUCACCUUGCAAAAGGCAAGAACGAUGCUAUCAAUCCAGAGGACUUCCCCGACUCUGUGUACAAGAGCUUCCUCAUGAGCCUGUGUCCUCGGCCAGAAAUCGACGAGAUCUUCACUUCUUACCAUGCUAAAGCUAAACCCUACAUGACCAAGGAGCACCUGACCAAAUUCAUCAAUCAGAAGCAGCGAGACCCUCGACUCAACUCCUUGCUGUUCCCACCAGCCAGGCCUGAGCAGGUGCAGGUGCUCAUUGAGAAGUAUGAGCCCAGCGGCAUCAACGUGCAGCGAGGCCAGCUGUCACCAGAGGGCAUGGUCUGGUUUCUCUGCGGACCAGAGAACAGCGUGCUAGCCCAUGAUACCCUGCUGACCCACCAUGACAUGACACAGCCACUGAAUCACUACUUCAUCAACUCCUCACACAACACCUACCUGACAGCUGGCCAGUUUUCAGGCCUUUCCUCCGCUGAGAUGUACCGUCAGGUGCUGCUGUCUGGCUGCCGCUGUGUAGAGUUAGACUGUUGGAAGGGAAAGCCCCCCGAUGAAGAGCCCAUCAUCACCCAUGGCUUCACCAUGACCACAGAUAUCUUGUUCAAGGAAGCAAUCGAAGCCAUUGCAGAAAGUGCCUUUAAGACCUCCCCGUAUCCUGUCAUCCUGUCAUUUGAAAACCAUGUGGACUCACCCCGCCAACAGGCCAAGAUGGCUGAGUACUGCAGGACCAUGUUUGGAGAGACCUUGCUCACAGAUCCCCUGGAAAAUUUUCCUCUGAAGCCUGGCAUCCCUCUGCCCAGCCCAGAGGAUCUCCGGGGCAAGAUCCUCAUUAAGAAUAAGAAGAACCAGUUUUCCCGGCUGGCAUCCUCCAGCAAGAAGCCUGGUGUGGUGGCCGAGGGCAGCUGCCCGUCUAGUGUCCCAGUAGAAGAGGACACAGGGUGGACUGCUGAGGACCGGACUGAGGUAGAGGAGGAGGAGGUGGCAGAAGAGGAGGAAGAGGAGGAGUCAGGAAGCCUGGAUGAAGAAGAAAUUAAGAAGAUGCAGUCAGAUGAGGGCACAGCAGGCCUGGAGGUGACAGCUUAUGAGGAGAUGUCUAGCCUUGUCAAUUAUAUCCAGCCCACCAAGUUUAUCUCCUUCGAGUUCUCUGCACAGAAGAACAGAAGUUAUGUCGUCUCUUCCUUCACGGAGCUCAAGGCCUCCGAGCUGCUCUCCAAGGCCUCCGUGCAGUUUGUGGACUAUAAUAAACGGCAGAUGAGCCGCGUGUACCCCAAGGGCACACGCAUGGACUCUUCCAACUACAUGCCCCAGAUGUUCUGGAAUGCUGGAUGUCAGAUGGUUGCCCUCAAUUUCCAGACAAUGGACCUGCCCAUGCAGCAGAACAUGGCACUGUUUGAGUUCAACGGGCAGAGUGGCUACCUUCUAAAGCACGAGUUCAUGCGCAGGCUGGACAAGCAGUUCAACCCCUUCUCAGUGGACCGCAUUGAUGUGGUGGUAGCCACCACCCUUUCCAUUACGGUCAUCUCUGGGCAGUUCCUGUCAGAGCGCAGUGUGCGCACCUAUGUGGAAGUGGAACUGUUUGGCCUCCCAGGGGACCCCAAGAGGCGCUAUCGUACCAAGCUGUCACCUACUGCUAACUCCAUCAAUCCUGUCUGGAAAGAGGAACCUUUCAUCUUUGAGAAGAUCUUGAUGCCUGAGCUAGCCUCCCUCAGGAUAGCUGUGAUGGAAGAAGGCGGCAAAUUUCUUGGACACCGCAUCAUCCCCAUCAAUGCCUUACAUUCUGGAUACCACCAUCUGUGCCUGCGCAGUGAGAGCAACAUGCCUCUUACCAUGCCUGCUCUCUUCGUCUUCCUGGAGAUGAAGGACUACGUUCCUGACACGUGGGCAGAUCUUACUGUGGCCCUCGCCAACCCCAUCAAGUAUUUCAAUGCCCAUCAUAAGAAGUCUGUGAAGCUCAAAGAAGUGACAGGAAGUCUGCCUGAGAAGCUCUUCUCCUCUGGGAUUCCUGUCGCUGGCCAGUCCAAUGGGGUGCCAGUCUCAGCAGGCAAUGGGUCAACAGCACCUGAGACCAAGGCCAAGGAGGAAGCUGCGAAAGAAGUGACAGAGCCACAGACCGCCAGCUUGGAAGAGCUGCGGGAGCUGAAGGGCGUGGUGAAGCUCCAGCGGAGACAGGAGAAGGAGCUUCGAGAGCUGGAGCGGCGUGGAGCCCGGCGCUGGGAGGAGCUGCUGCAGCGGGGCGCCGCACAGCUGGCGGAGCUCCAGGCCACAGCAGCAGGCUGCAAGCUCCGCCCGGGCAAGGGCUCCCGCAAAAAGAGGACCCUGCCCGGCGAGGAGACUGUCUUGGCGCCUAGAGAGCUCCCCGAGGGAGCGGAUCCGCGCGUGCAGGAGCUGAGGGACAGGCUGGAGCAGGAGCUGCAGCAGCAAGGCGAGGAGCAGUACCGCUCUGUCCUCAAGCGCAAGGAGCAGCACGUGACGGAGCAAAUCGCCAAGAUGAUGGAGCUGGCCCGAGAGAAACAGGCUGCUGAACUCAAGACCUUCAAGGAGACCUCAGAAACUGACACCAAAGAGAUGAAGAAAAGACUGGAGGCCAAGAGGCUGGAACGGAUCCAGGCCAUGACCAAAGUCACCACAGACAAGGUGGCCCAGGAGAGGCUCAAGAGAGAAAUUAACAACGCCCACAUCCAGGAGGUGGUUCAGGCUGUCAAGCAGAUGACAGAGACCCUGGAGCAUCACCAGGAGAAGCUGGAAGAGAGACAGACAGCCUGCCUGGAGCAGAUUCAGGCUAUGGAAAAGCAGUUCCAAGAGAAGGCGCUGGCAGAGUAUGAGGCCAAGAUGAAGGGCCUGGAGGCUGAAGUAAAGGAGUCAGUGCGGGCCUAUUUCAAGGUCUGCUCCCCCACUGAAGCAGAAAACAAGCCUGAGAGGCCCUGCGAGGCCUCGGAGGAGCCGUGUCCACAGGAACCACUUGUGAACAAGGCAGACACCCAGGAGAGCCGCCUCUGAUGCCAGCGUCUCACCCCAACAUUUAGCAAGGAUGUCCACACCCUUCUCUGGAACAUGGUCCCAUUUCCCAGGAGAAAAGGACCUUAGUACUCUGGGGCUGUGGGAGCCUGGGGCUGCCCUGGCUGCUGCAGACCUCUUUCUCAGCCAGAUAAAGGCAGGAAUAGGAGAUGAUCAGGGCGAGAGUCCCCAUGGAACCCAGUCUUUUCUAAGCUGGCUUCCUCUGUCUGUCCCACCUGUAGUGCCACGUAGUCAUUGAAAGCAAAGAAAUACGGACCAAGAGAGAGGAAAUGGGGUCCUGGCCUCCCCUCUGCCUUUCCUAAUGUACAAACAGGGGCCUCUCUGCCUGGAGCCCCGUUCCUUUUCCUGGACUCCUUGGCUCCCUGGAACCUUCACUCUUGUGGGUGUGGCUCCAGCAGAACCAAGGCCUCCUGCCUUGGUGCUCACCUUGAUGCAGUACCUUACCCAGGCUCCUGGGCUAACAUCUCAGGCCUGCUUUGAGUACAGAGCAUUAGUAACUCCUUAAGGCAGAGCCUGGGACUGCCUCAAAGCUCCCUGGGAAUGACUCCUUCCAGGGGCAGCAAAGGCCCCUGCCCUCACCUGCCUGUGGAGACAGAUGGCAGCAUGGGAAAGCUUUCUCAGCCGCCCCCCAACUGAUCAAGUAUUGGGGGCGUGGGGGCUGUGCCCAUGGGCAAAGGGAGACUAGGUUCUCAGGUGUGUUCUCUCCAACUCCAAAACCGGUUCAUGCUUCUUUCUAGGUCUGGGUCUGGCACUCCCUAGCAGGCGUUUUAGGUGGGCUCUUGAGUUCAUCAUCAUUUUUUCCCCUGAAUUUAUAUGGUUUAUUUAUUUAUUUUCCUUCCUACCAAAGAACCCAGACCCAGAAUCUCCCCCUUUAGCCUGGCCCCUGUUCUCCAGUUAGGAAAAGACAGAGGGAAGUGGAAGGCCUCUGAAGAGAAGCCGUUUGAAUGGUGUGUGGAGGAUGGGACCCUGGGGCUGCAGUAAGGGUGAUGGCCCUUCUGGGGCCUGUCAAAUAGCCCUGCUGCCAGCUUCCCUGUCUGCUGGCCCUGGUGCCAGAACCCUUAAAAGAGGGUGUUUCUUUCUCUUCUCUACACCCCCCUCAGAUGCGCCCCCCUCAGAUGUGUCUCCCCUGACCAGGGCUCGAACAGAAGAUCCCAGUACAAAAGUGCACCCACCCUCUUAGUAACCCCAAACCUUUGAGCUACCUGGACCUUUUUUAGGAACGCCUAGAGUGGCCACACGCACAGGGACCUGCCCCUGCUGUGGUUGAUUCCAAUAAACUCUGUGGAGGCAAAGCCUGUGGGCCACACCUACA